AUGGACACUACUUUUACCACUCAAUCUGCCACCUCGACUGCGACGAAUGCAUCGAUAUUCAACUCCUCCACAUUCGACUCCCAAAAUUCUUCAAAUAUGUCUGAUUUCUCCAGCUACUACUAUGGACUGCCUGGAAUGCCGCAGCUAUUAGCAAGGAGCAGCAAGAUCCCCCGGCCUGCAACCAUCGUCACAGAUCCCGACGAUAGCGGGUUUAGGGGUCCGACACCUAUGCUUCAUUUUGUCUCGAAGGACCGUGUCAUAAAGCAAGCCUUGGGAAAAGGGCUUCGCGAAUCGAUUGUUGCUAUCUUGAUGACCAAGAAGCCCGUUACGUGGACUUCGGUCGAUUAUCUUCGAUUAGGCCGCAACCACAUUGAAUUGGAAAGCCCGGCAGUGGUAUUAAUUACAGCCGAGAAGGAUCACACCGCGACCGCUGAGGCUCAAAGAGUGGUGGAUGUCAUCAAGGAAGAAUGCGUAAAAGUCGGACUGCCUGGGCUGGAGGUCGAAAUGAUGGAAGGAAUCCGAUCCGAAGGUCCAGCACAUCGAGCAGAUGAUGACAACCCAGGAAGCAGGACCCAAGAUUUACAUGCCGAUGAAGUCUAUAAGAAUCACAUUGUGUGGAAGUACGGCCGGUCGACCUAUUUCACGUCGGGCAUGACGGGGGCUAUAGCAUCCGAUUAUCUAUGGGGCGAUGGUAUUACCAAGUCAGAUGAAUGGCACAUCAAAGAUGCGCCUAGCGGAUCUAGAUUUUCGCUGAAGGGCGAUUCUGGGGCUCUCGUUUGGGACAUUGACGGUGCGGUGGUUGGCAUGAUGUGGGGAGACUGUUUUCAAACACUCGUGACCUGUGUAACUCCUAUCGAGGCCGUUUUAGCGGAUAUCAAGGAGACCCUGGGGGCUCGCAAUUUCAUCAUGGUGGUUCGCAAUCCAACGCGCAAGUAG